CUUGACCUGUCUCUUACUUGCUUGCUGGUUCACUGUCCUCCCAUAUCGCUCGCCUUACGACGCUUUUCGGUCUUUACAUUGGUUUCAGUUGCAUGAAGAGGUGCCAUCUGUCUACACAGUUAGUCUGAGGCCCAGGACAUCCAUUCAGUAGUCGUCACUUGACGGUUGUGUCGCCAUAGCCGUGGCAACUACCGGUCGCCGUCCUAUCACCCAUACAAUUGCGACAGCAGAUUCCGUUCCACUUCCUCUGCUCUUUGGUUCCAUCAGUAGUCCGAUCUUGUUUACGGGUUCUUCUCACCGAUCAUGUCGAACCAGCAGGUGGGCACAGUGUUUGAUCGUGUCAUCCAGGAGGUGUGCGAUGCAUCCCAGGUUGAUUUCGAAGAGAGCGGAGUCGAUCAGCAGACGUUGCUGGAUCUGAGAAAGAGCUGGCAAGCAAAACUUUCUUCCCUCGGCGUCGCCCAUUUUCCCUGGGAUCCUGCCCCCCAGCCCAACAACCCUCCGCAAACCCAAAAUCAACCCCCCGCCCAGACUCCGACUCAACCUCCGAACCAAAAUCCUAUCCUCCCUCCUACCGCGACCGUCCCCUCCAACGCCCCUCGGCCUGCCGCAUCUCAACCUCCGCAACACCAUGUCCCUCCCCAGCAGCCCUUACCACAGUCGAUGCCGGGCACGGCACCUCCCCUACAGGCGCCGACUCCAGUCAGCGCGGCUCCCAUGGGACAGGGUCCUCAUAUCAAGACGGAACCCGGUUUGAAUGCCCCUGGCAUGCCGCAACUCAACAUGAUGCCCGGGAACCCUCAAAACUCCCAAUCCGCCCGCGAACGAGCUGCGAACAUGCUGCACCAGAAGUAUGGCGCGGCUGCCGCCAACUCCGUCAGUCAGCUACAGGCCCAACAGGCCCAACAGGCCCAACAGGCCCAGUCUCACUUGAACAUGGGAAUGCCUGGUCAUCCCGGCCAGCCCGGCCAACCGCGCCCCCAGAACAUGCCGCAGAUGCCCAAUGGCCAGCCCCAGAUCAAGCAGGAACCAGGCUACCCGCCGAUGCCGCAACACCCAGUGGGUAACUCCCAAACAGACGGCGCGGGCGACGACGCGCUAUCGGACUGGAAAGCGGAGGUCGCGCGACGGCGCGCAGCGGCGCAACGUCAGGGUGGAGAAGGCGAUCGUCUGCUCCGUGAACACGUGAACCAACGCAUGCUGCAGAUGGAGGGAGGUGGUCUUUUACUGCCGCUGGGCCAGAAGCGGUCCGCAGGACCGUCGGCGCUGGAUGCCAUGACGACAGCGACUAGAGGCUUGGAGCUCGAUGAGGAUUCAUCAGUUGGGCCAUCCAAGAACCUGCCUCGGGGACAAUUCGACGGGCCGGGUGGCGACGACGAGCAGGAGGAAGAUGACGAGGACGCCAUCAACUCCGAUCUCGACGACCCAGACGAUUUGGUCGCUGACGAUCAUGAUGCGGAAGAUUCAAUGGGCCAGGUCAUGCUCUGCACGUAUGACAAGGUGCAACGGGUCAAGAACAAGUGGAAGUGCACGCUGAAGGACGGCAUUUUGACCACGGGUGGAAAAGAAUAUGUGUUCCACAAAGGCCAGGGAGAAUUCGAGUGGUAGAUUUCAUCUUAUCUACGGUCACCCGUACCUACGACUGAACUGUAUUUCUUUACGCUUCUGAUAUCAUUUGUUGUGUAAAAACCUUUUUCCCUCAAAACAUAAAGCCAACUAAAGAAAGCCCGACUUCGCCGGCAUCCUUAUGCUAGCGAGUCAACAUUUUGAUCUCACCAAAAAAAUCCAUCUGGCUAGGUAGUAGCGAACAGCCCUACCGACCAGACUACAUAUUAUUCUCACGUGAAUCUAUUCUUCAAACGACAUGCUCUGCAUUUCUUUUCUUCUUUUCAUUAUUUUCUUGUUCAUUCAGUUGGAUGCACAUGGCGCUAUGGGGGCGAGUGACUGAAUACUGACUGCUCUUCUACUGGAUUCACAUACGAA